CAGGAUAGUGCUGAGCCAUCACUGGACAGCAUUAAAACAACCGUCUGUCCAGGGCUGCGUUACAGCCACCCACCGCAGCCCUCCUCUCUGCCACUGCAGUCCCACGUUCUGUACCACUACUGCCCUGUUGGCCGGAUUAACUCAUAGAACGGUGAAAAGACCAAACAGACAUCAUGUCUGAGAAAAAGAUGUCAUCGAGCCGCAAGCAUCAUCUGAAGAGCCUGAUGCUUCAGAUCGCCCAGGAACUGAUAGCGGAAGAGGAAGCCCAGUCUUUAGAGGACAGGAAGCAGUACAUGAGUGAAAACAUCACUCCCCUGCAGCUCACAGGAUCCAUUGCAGAACUCCAGGACCUGUGUAAGAAGAUGCACCAGAAGAUUGAUGUGAUAGAUGAGGAGAGAUACGACCUGGGCAGCAAAGUUGGCAAAAGUGACAAAGAGAUUGAGGAUCUGCAGAUUAAAGUACAAGACCUGAAGGGAAAGUUCAAGAAGCCCGUCCUGAAGAAAGUCCGCAUGUCUGCUGAUGCUAUGCUCCAGGCUCUGCUGGGCUCCAAACACAAGGUGUCCAUGGAUCUGAGGUCCAACCUGAAGCAAGUCAAGAAGGAGGUCAAGGAAGAGGACAAAGAAUCUGUGGGUGACUGGCGUAAGAACAUCGAAGACAAAUCAGACAGAAAGAAGAUGUUUGAGACUGCUAAGGAGUAGAUGUUCCUGGAGUUCCAGACAGGAAGAUGUUUGAGACUGCUAAGGAGUAGAUGUUCCUGGAGUUCCAGACAGGAAGAUGUUUGUGGCGGCUUGAAAAACCUUCUGCCUUUGGUUACGAAGUUAUACAGUUACGACUCGUUUGUUUGUUUGUUUGUUUUUCGUCUCUGGCUAAAUUCAUCUAAGAGGUAGUUCCAUCACUCUAGGACUGUUGUGACAGGUGUUAAUGAAUUGUUAUGGUAUCUAAGAGGUAGUUCCAUCACUCUAGGACUGUUGUGACAGGUGUUAAUGAAUUGUUAUGGUAUCUAAGAGGUAGUUCCAUCACUCUAGGACUGUUGUGACAGGUGUUAAUGAAUUGUUAUGGUAUCUAAGAGGUAGUUCCAUCUCUCUAGGACUGCUGUGACAGGUGUUAAUGAAUUGUUAUGGUAUCUAAGAGGUAAUUCCAUCUCCCUGGGACUGCUGU